GCAUUUGAUAGUGUCUGAACGAGCAGUAAAAGUUGCAAGUUAUUGUCUUUUGCCUUUGAUUUGCAACUAAUCUGCUAGCGUGUGUGCGAUGCCCCUGUGGGGGCUCCUUAUAAUCUGAGAAUCUUCAAAUACUAGUGAUGGCCACCUCUGUCAAAGAGGAAGCUGCUGCACCAACACAGGAUGGGACACCUCAGUCUGAGCUUCCAAAAGCUCCACCUGCAAAGAAGAUGGUGGACCCAGCCCCCAUUCCACCUCCCCUGAAAUCUCCUUGGGCUGAGAUUGUCAGGCAGCAACCAAAGCCUAAGGAUGUGGUUGGAAAGGAUUCUGGGAUCAGGCCAGCUACUCUUGUGGAAAACAGCAAGCAAGCAUCUCAGAGCCAGGAGCCUCGCCAGGCAGCGCGCAGCAAGGAUUCUCCCGUACAUGCACAGUCGUCUUCUCUAGAGGCGCCGACGUCUCAACAUCGACCGGUUGAUGGUGCCGUCAAGGCCCCAGGCAGGAACGGCUCGAGCACCUCGGCCAGCAUCAACAACGCCGCCAAGAAUGGUGGCCGAGGCCCUGCUCACGUGAAGACUGUGCCUCCGAUUGUACCUCCUAUUUCUUCCUCCGCGCCAUCUGCUGCAUCGGCGCCCAGCGAAGGGUCUCCAACGGACAGGAAAGGGGAGGAUGCACUUGCUGCUAGCACGGAAGACAAGUGCACCCCACGGAAGGAGGAACGAAAGCCUCUUAAGCCAGCCUGGAAAAUCGUGCCCACAUCUCCUGAGAUCCCACGAUCGGCCGUGGCUUUGAGUCAGACAGGCGAAGCUGUUGCUUGGCCAUCCCUGGGCGCUGCAAAGGGGACGCAGAAGAAAAAGCUGUCGAUAUCGGCGCCAACAACCCCUCUCUCUCGAAAGGUGACCCAGAGGGCGCCAGACAUUGUGCCAAGGGCCCUCGAGACUGCUGCCAACCAUGUUGAGGCCCAGAAGCCUGCUGCCCCAGCGCAGCCACCUGCUCCGCGCCUGCCAGAGCCCAAGCCGCAGCCGGAGAAGGGGCCUGCCGCUGCUGAGAAGGCUCAGCCGGCAUCCACCUCCGCGCCUGCCAGCUCGCAUGGGCAGGAUCUGGCGCAGCCCCUGGUCUCCAUCGACCCCCAGAGCCUGCCAGCCUCCAGCGAGCCGUCCAGCACCUCAUCACAGCACAUUGAGAGGGCCCCUUCGGCCUCGUCUGAUCCCAGCAACAAUGUGAGCAUCGCCUUCAGCGGCCGCAUCACAAGCGUGCCGGCCUCGACGCGGGAAGCCUCGCAGCAGCGGGGCAGCCGCCGAGGCAGUGCCGCCGGCGCGCGGCAGACUCGCUCAUUGGCGGACCAGGAAGCAGCAUCCGAUAAGGAUGUCUCCCUCAGGGACUGGGUCCGCAAGGACCAGCCCUCCCAGCAGCAGGCUUCUCAGCAACAGCAGCAGCAGCAGCAGCAGCAGCGCAGCUGGAGCAACCGCUCGGACGGCGUCCGCCGCGCCAAGGGCGGCCGGGGGAACGGCGGCGCGAGCCUUGGGUACAUCAACCGCUCGGGCGCGCCGGUGUACAACACCGCCGCGCAGCUGCAGGGCUACCAGCAGCCGCUGUUUUUCCCCACGGUCAGCCAGAUGUACUACCCGCCCACGGCCUACGGCCUCCCGGUGACGCCGGCCGUCAACGCGCCGUCGCUGGGGCAGAUUGAGGAGGCGGUGCGGCGCCAGAUCGAGUACUACUUCAGCGUGGAGAACCUGUGCAAGGACAUGUUCCUGCGCAAGAAGAUGGACGGCGAGGGCUGGAUCCCCACCGCCGUCAUCGCUUCCUUCAACCGCGUGCGCAUGCUCACGCCCGACCUCGCCAUCAUCCUGCGCGCUCUGCGAGGCUCCCCGGUCGUGGAGACCAGCGCCGACCAGAUGUCCAUCCGCGCACGUGACACCUGGCGCAACUGGGUGCUGCCCGAGGAGGAGCGCGACGCCUCCGUGCGCGCGCCCAAGAUCACCGUUUCCAUGGUUUCGCCCUCAGGCGCCACCGCGCCGGCACUGCUGCCGGCCGCGCCGGUGCUGCGCACCGUAUCGGUCGGCGGCGGCAUGGACCGACGCGGCGCGGGCUUCAGCGGCGGCCGGCGGAACAACGCCGCGGCCUCGCAGCCGGCGACGCCAAUGGCGGCUUCGGCGCACGAGCGCCCGGCAGACGCGGCGCAGGACCCGGCGGCUGCCGCAGAGGGAGCCGCGUCAAAUGCGCAACGGCAAGGACCGAGCGGAGCCGCACAGGCAGCGAGCGCAGCAGGGAACAAGGAUGUCGAGUCUGACGCUGCUUCUGUGCAGCCCAGCCAGGACGAUGUCUUCCAGCUCGAUGAGGAGCAUGAACAGGCAGCGCAGCCGAGCAGCCAGGAGGCUGCCACGUCAUCUGCGGAGGCCCAGAUGUCGGAAGAGGAACUGGGCGACUUGAUCGUUGUGAAGCAUUCCCGCCAUGACAGAGCGGCCGGGCAGCACCAUGCUGGCUCGUCUGAUGACCAGCAUGACGCGUCAGCACAGGCGAGCAGCGGGGAAAAGCUGGACCCCGAGGCAGUCGUGAGAUUCUACCCCACCAGAGUGCGCGCCGCAGCAGGCACUGUCUUGGUUGGCACAGGCACGCCGUCCGCGGAUCACCCGACCAUCUCCGGCGUGGGGUGGCUGACGGCCGACCGCGCACAUGCGCGCGACCUGCAGCCCGUGGACAGCAUGCUGAGCACGUCGGCCUACAGCUACUCGCACAGCCUGACCGGCAGCGUCAUGCAGCAGUUUGAGCACCCCACUGCGCGCCUGCUGCAGGACAGCGGCUUCCGCCCCAUACGCUACCCGGCCUGGAAGCUGGCCUGUCUCGAGGAGCGCGUCUCUGAAGCGGAGCGAGUGGGUGCAGGUGUGGGGAAGAGCGAGGAGAUGAACACGCUGUUCCGCUUCUGGUUGUACUUCCUGAGGGACCGCUUCUGCCCCGCCCUGUACGCUGAGUUCCGGAGGUACGCUGCCGAGGACGCGGCCGCGCAGUACCAGUACGGGCGCGAGUGCCUCUUCCGGUUCUACAGCUACGGCCUGCAGCAGAGCUUUGACGACGCCCUCUACCGCGACUUUGAGCAGGAGACCCUGCUGGACCUGGAGGCAGGCAGCAUCUAUGGCCUCGAAAAGCUGUGGGCUUUCUUCUACUACGGCCCUGGCACCCCCCAGGACAGCACCGUCCAGCUCAAUCCAAAGUUGAAGGAGCUGUUGGACGAGCGCUUCCACAGCCUGGAGGACUUCAAGGCAGACGAGCGGUAUCGCGUGCCCCACGACGACCACAGGCUGCACAGCAAGCAGAGGCAUCACCAUGCAAAGCACCGGAAUGCACCCACGGCUCGCGCACCGGUGAAUGGCAAGAUGGAUGCUCACGCGCACCCCAAGAAGCCUGCACCAGCACCCGCGGGCCUGUCUGCCGAUGCCUUCCCUCGCAAGAGCAGGCAGCCCAACAGCACUGAGGCCGCCGCAGCGCCCUCCCGGCGGAGCAUCGAGCUGUCGGCGGACGCCGCAGAGUUCACACUGCCGCAGCCGAGCAGCAAGCCUGCUGCUCCCACGCCAGCCGCAGCCUCUGCACCCUCCACCGCGGAGUCGCCCGCAGCGACAUCGGCGCCAGAGAGCACCGCCCCUGAAGCCGCGGAGCCUGCCGAGGCGCACAGCCUGCCCAACGGCGUGGCUCCGCAUGUGCCCGACGAUGUCAGCGACUCCAGCGCCGCUGAAGUCAGCGCGGCGCCGAAGGCGGCUGCCGGCAAGAAUGGCGCGGUUGCCAGAAUGAUUGCCAGCCUGGAAAGCGCUAAGCUGCAGGACAAGCCCAAUGGGGUGGCCAACGGGGUUGGGGGCGGAAAGGCCCUGGCCAAUGGGCUCACCAAGACGGGCAAGGCAGCCGAGAUUGCGCCGGCGGUGCAGCCCGUGGCAAAUGGACAGGUAAAUGAGCUGGAGGCAAAGUGA